CCGCCGUUUUGUGAUGGCGGCAACAACAAGUUAAGAUCGUUUUUUAAAACGGACUUCCAGACAAGUUGCAUUACAGGUUGAAAAACUGAUGUCCAGGAUAGAGAUCUAGAGAAGAAAGCAGAACUUCCACCAUGACUGACAGGCACAAAGAAUACAAGAUCUCAGGGGUGUCUGUUUUCUUCCCCUGUAAACCGUACCCCUCCCAGCUCAGCAUGAUGAACAUGAUUCUGAGGGGAAUCGAACGACGCCAACAUUGUCUGCUGGAGAGCCCGACGGGCAGUGGCAAAAGUCUGGCCUUGCUUUGUUCCUCGUUGGCCUGGCAGAGUGCAGAGAAAGCCAAGAAAGAACUUGAGGAAGCAGCUGAAGCAGAAAAGGCUGCCUGUUUGUGCCUGUGCCAUCAAGCACCAGCGGUAACACAAAGUGGGGCAGCAACAAAAAAGAGAGCCAAUAAACAGUCAGACGUCUGUGAGGCUGGGAACCCGUCCGAACUUCCGCGGGGAGGAGCUACAGUCGAUCCCGAUCCUGACGUGUUUGAAAUUGACGACGACAACGAUUUCAGAACAGAGAGCACGGAGUUGAAGGAAGGGGAGAGCAAGAAGGAUGGCAGAAAGCACGUCACCAUCAGCUAUGUGGAGGAGGAAAAGAGCGCUGCCACGGGCAAGUCUGGCGCUGGAGGAAGGUCGGCCGCUGGUGAGCAGGGCAAGAAGGGGCCAGAACUGGUGUGUGGCCUGUGCACCUGUGCCAGUUCCGAGACGCAGAAGAUUAAGUAA